AUGUCAGAAAUUCCGUUGCAAGUAGUCGCCGACAUACUAUCAAGAUUACCAGUGAAACCCCUUCUGCGGUUCAGAUGUGUAUCGAAAUCAUGGUGUGCUCUGAUCGACGACCCACAUUUCAUCAAAUCGCAUCUAAAUCAAUCCAUCAAAACCAACUCCAAUCGCAGGCUGAUUUUCAGUGAUUUCGACCUCUUCUCCAUAGACUUGGACUCUCCCUCAGAUGAUGAUGAUGAGGAGGAGGAGGUGGAGGAGCUAGAUCUUCACCUUUACCACCCGUUGAAGAAUGAGGAAAAGACUAAAGCCAAAAGACAUUGCCCGUGGAAUCCGUCCACCAGAAAACACCACAAAUUACCGGUCACACCGAUUGAGUUCUCACGCAAACAUUGGAGCAGUUCUGAUACAAUAUACGGGUUUGGGUAUGAUGGUGUCAGUGAUGACUACAAGGUGGUGAGAAUAGUAGAGUAUUACUCUAAGGACGAUGGUGAUUCAUUUGACUCUGAAGUCAAGGUUUGUAAUCUGAAGUCAAAUACUUGGCGAAGAAUUCAAGCUCUUCCUUGUUACCUUCUCUAUGAUAGAAAUGCUACACUUGCUAAUGGGGCUUUGCACUGGCUUGUGUGUCGAAAACCCUAUUCGGAUAGGGCCAAUUUGAUUGCUGCUUUUGAUCUUGGGGUUGAGGAAUAUCGGCUGGUGCCACAGCCUGAUUAUUCUGAUAAGAGUUUUGAAAUGAAUGUGGUGGUUCUAGGAGAAUGGCUUUGUGUACUCUGCCAUAUUCACAGCUUUCGUGUUGAAUUGUGGGUGACGAAGGAGUAUGGAAUUAAGGAAUCUUGGACUAGAUUAUUUUCUGUUUUACCAACGGAGAUUAGCAGUUAUCCAUCGGAUGCUUUCAGGCCUUUGGCAUUUUCCAGGAGUGGUGGUGAAGUAAUACUGCUACAGGAUUGUGAAAGAUUUCUUUGGUUUGAUUUAAAAUAUAAAAUAAUCACAAAAGCAAAGAAGAACUACUGGGAGGAGUUGGAGGGACCUUUUAUUUGUUUUGGAAGCCUCGUUCCGCUUCCGUUAUGAUGGCGGAAGUGAUGAGUAGAAAUAGCAAGCUCGAGGGUUGAAAGGUAUUGCUUAUGGAAUUUCUUGUACCUCAUGUCCCGUGGGCCCUCGGAAUGUUGGGGAGAUUGCUGUGUCUUUUUUAUUAGGAUAUUUUAAUGAAAUCUUUUAUGUACUAUAUCAUAUUGGUGGACAAGUUUUUAUGUACUAUAUACUAUAUAUCAUCAUCAUGAUUGUGUUAGAAUGAAAAAAUUGAUAGAAAUGAUAAUGGUUGUGAAA